AUGCCCGCCAACGACACUGCAUUGAAUCCACACGGUUCGGAAUAUUCGAUUCCUGUCUUUGACGUUGACGAGGCCGCUCGUACAUUCACAUCCGCCCCUGCAACAACAACCUCACAUCCUCAGCCGAGAAUCGAUGUGAAGACGUUCAUAUGCCCACCAGACCAUGUCUAUCCCCUACACAUUAUCGCGAAACGGUAUACGUUUCCUCGCCCACCGCCAAGUACAGAAGAGGAGAACGAAGAGGAAGGAUUGACACUGCUUGUUCUCCACUCGACGUCGUUUCAUAAGGAGACGUGGGAGCCGACGCUGCGAGAGCUAGCUGGGGUUAUUUUUCGGAACCGGCAAGGUGACUCACAGCACGACAGCGAGUACAAGAAAGGAGGAGAAGGGAGGAGAGACGUGAAGGCGGAUGCCAAGGCGAAGAGGGAGCGAGGCAGGCUUUGGGUGGACACUGCGUGGGUCGUCGAAUGUCCGAACCACGGCGAGAGCGCGGUACUCAAUCGCUCUAUCGUUCGUGGGGCUCCAUUCUUUGGAAACUGGAACUUGGGAUGCGAAAAGUACGCUCAGGCGGUUCACCGAUUCAUUCGUCUCGCACCGCGCUCCGCUGGCAUGGACUUCUGGCGGAGAGGGAUAAAGUUGGUAGGACUCGGACAUUCGCUCGGGGGAGUUGCUGUCUCGACGCUCUCAAACCUACAUCCUCUCCUCCCCCUCCGCACCCUCAUCCUUGUCGAACCCCUGCUCAGCCCAGGUCCAGACGGAAACAAGAACAUCGAAGCACUGCGCAAGGACCUCAUCGCCGUCGCAUCAAAGCGCAAGAACCGAUGGCCAUCGAGAGCGGAUGCAAGCGCUUAUUUCGAACGGUUGCAUGCCCGCAUACGAAAGUCCAAACAGAAGGCCCAGAAUUCGGCGGGCGAUACCAAGGAUCCGUCGUCGCACCGGCUGGGUGGAUGUGCGUGGGAUAGCGAUGUGGUGGGUGCUUUCGUGAAGUAUGGGGUCUGCGAGAGCGAGGAUAAGGCGGGAGGGGUCGAGUUGGCGUGUACACGCGAGGAAGAAGUGAACAUGUACAGCGAGCGCGACGGCGCGACGAAAGCCGUUGGCGACCUCGACGUCACGUGCGGGCGCUUACCCGUACAUGUCGUGUUCGGGGAAGCUGGGGACUACGUGCCCAAAAAUGUUCAAGACGCGCUGGUUGACCCACGUUCGGGCCGACGGUUCGAGAGCGUGAUUGAGAUGGGCGGAGUGGGCCAUCUGAUACCCCAGCAAUCCCCUCGGGCGCUGGCUAGCGCGCUCGCUGGUAUCCUUGUCCGUGAAUGGGACUCCAAUGGCUGGUCUUGGGAAAGAAGUGCUGCUGCAAUGACAGCGCUGGGGAAGCGGGAGAGGGCGAAGCUGUGAUGAUACAAAACUUCUGAAAAACGUUUAAGCCUUCAUUUUUGUCUGCGGAGUUACAUCUUAGCACGCAAAUCCGUGAAAGACGGCGCGUCGUUGUUAUAAGGGUGGUGCUCCCUCUCAUAUCACGUUUCUGAUUGAGAAUGAUGUAGUGAACUACAACCAUGAAAUUUGAUGACAUGUACCGCUGAAGAAC